AUGAAUAUCGGGAAAGCUUACAGUGCCUUUAACGUCAGCAAUGGAACAGAUCUGGCUGUUGGCUUUACAUCUUCCACAGUAGCUGUCUUUCUGUUUGGGACAAACUUUGUGCCUGUUAAGAAAUUUGAUACUGGUGAUGGCAUGUUCUUCCAAUGGAUUCUCUGUGCCUCCAUAUGGAUAGUUUCUUUGGUGGUCAAUUUAAUCCAGAAUUGCCCCCGGUUUUGGCCUCUGGCUAUGGUUGGAGGUUUUGUGUGGGCUACAGGCAAUGUUACAGUUGUCCCUAUUGUUAAAACUAUUGGCUUAGCUCUUGGUCUUUUGAUAUGGGCUUCGUUUAAUUUGCUAACAGGUUGGGCAAGUUCAAGGUUUGGUUGGUUUGGAAUUGACCCAGAAGAGGUAUCAAGACCAGUCUUAAAUUAUAUUGGAGCUGGACUUUCACUUUUAAGUGCUGUCAUAUUUCUUUUUAUAAAAACUGAAGUCCAGAGUUCUUCUACUUCAUUAGAAAGCACGCCUUUACUGAGAGAAAGUUCUAUUAAUGUUUCUGAAGAUAACUCUGAUGACUCAUGGGUGGACAGACUUUCUCCAGCAAAGAAGAGACUUAUAGGAUGCAGCCUGGCUGUAGUAGCUGGAAUACUCUAUGGUUCCAGUUUUGUACCAGUACUUUACAUCAAGGACCAUGGAAGAAGAAAUGAAACUAUAUAUGCAGGAGCAAGUCAAUUUGAUUUAGAUUAUGUUUUUGCACACUUCAGUGGAAUAUUUCUUACAAGUACUAUCUACUUUUUGAUCUACUGUGCAGUUAGGAAAAAUAAACCUAAUGUUUAUCCCCAAGCCAUAUUGCCAGGGUUUGUUUCUGGUGUGCUUUGGGCAAUAGCCAAUUGCUGCUGGUUCAUAGCCAAUCACUAUCUCAGUGCUGUGGUCAGCUUUCCAAUAAUUACUGCAGGUCCUGGCCUUGUUGCUGCAAUGUGGGGAGUCCUUGUAUUUAAAGAAAUUAAGGGACUGAAAAACUACGUGUUACUCUCAGUAGCAUUUUGCAUCAUUUUGGCUGGAUCACUCUCCACAGCUUUUUCUAAAGUUUGAAAGGAUCUUCUGGACCAGUAGAUGGUGCUACUGUUUAAUAUAAUCAGAAAGACAAUAAUGGUGUAUCACAAUACAUACAUAAUAUUCAAAAUGUGUGUCCAACAUUUACCCUAACUUGCUUCAGGCAAGUGAAGAAGAAAACCUUUGCUAAAUGUUUCUAUUUGGCAUGAAAGAAAAUCCAGAAAUGUUUGGUUUUGCAUUU